GAACUCAGACAACAACAAAAAAAAAAAAAGAAGAAGAAGAAGAAGAAAAAAAAAAGUUGCUUCAAUGACACUUUUUGUUGGGAUGACAGCUUGAACGUGAGAGUGAGAUAAGCCCGUUCUUGUGUCAGGAGGAGAGCAGUUUCACCUGGACCGCCAUGGAUUUUAACGUUAAGCGCUUAGCUGCGGACGCCGGCACCUUCCUGAGCCGCGCGGUGCAAUUUACGGAGGAGAAGCUUGGACAGGCUGAGAAGACUGAGCUGGAUGCCCAUUUGGAGAACCUCUUAGGCAGAGCUGAGAACACCAAGCAAUGGACAGAAAAGAUCAUGAAGCAGACAGAGGUCUUACUACAACCUAAUCCAAAUGUUCGACUGGAGGAAUUUGUGUACGAGAAGCUGGAGAAAAAAGCCCCCGCACGAAUCAACAACCACGACUUGCUGGGCCACUCCAUGAUUGAAGCCGGAAGCGACUUUGGUCCUGGGACUGCUUAUGGAAAUGCGCUGAUAAAAUGCGGCGAGACGCAGAAGCAGAUCGGCGGAGCCGAGCGGGAGUUCAUUCAGAGUUCUGCCAUCAACUUCCUGACGCCGUUUCGAAAUUUUCUAGAGGGCGACUUCAAAACCAUCCUGAAAGAACGAAAGCUUCUACAGGUCAAACGUUUGGAUCUAGACGCAGCCAAAACCCGGCUAAAGAAAGCCAGGAUGCCUGACGCAAGAGCUGCAGCAGAGCAGGAGCUGAGGAUGACCCAGAGCGAGUUCGACCGACAAGCAGAGAUCACGCGUCUGCUGCUAGAGGGCGUCAGCAGCACUCAUGCACACCAUCUACGCUGCUUGAAUGACUUUGUGGAGGCCCAGACGACGUACUACGCACAGUGCUACCAGUACAUGGUGGACCUCCAAAAGCAACUCGGCAGUUUCCCAUCCUCAUUCUCCAACAACAACCAGUCGUCCAUGUCGGGCGGGGCCAACGUAUCCGUACCCACCGCACCCAUGUCUGCCUCUCUGCCCAGCGUCUCGGCAGGCAGCGGCAGCCUGGCGGCGGCGUCGGGCGGAUUCAGUGAGCUGCGGAGCUCCAACGUCAGCCGCAAAGCGCGGGUCCUUUACGAUUACGACGCCGCCAGCAGCAACGAACUCUCCCUGCUGGCCGACGAGGUGAUCACAGUUAACAGUGUCCCAGGCAUGGACUCAGACUGGCUGAUGGGGGAGCGAGGCAACCAGAAGGGCAAAGUCCCAAUCACCUACCUAGAGUUGCUCAACUGAAGCACAAAUCCUCUCUCUCUACUCGCAUCCUGUGCAACCAGCUGUGAUCCUGUAUUUAUACCACGUUGCAGGGACAGGCCACACUUUCUAUUUCAUUGGGGUUUUUCCUUUUUUUUUUACGUUUCUUUUGUUAAAAAAAAGAAAAUAUGGACUCUGUUAUGCCACAGGAAUAAAUAAAUUUGAGUGACGGGAGAGCGGAUGGACCUUUUUCCUCAUUAGUUUGCAGAAAAUCUCUUAGGCCUUCUUUGAUGCCUUUGAGUUUGGUUCCACGCGAACUGAAACAUUUGCCACACUUUUAAAGAUUUUGUUUACAAAAUUGAUCUCAGUUGGUAACCUAAACGCUUUCCCUCUCCCCCCGCUCCCCCUUUUCCUACUGGGAAAAAAAAAAGAGCACUUCAGCUUGAAGUGAAGAGUUUUGCUAAAUAUUUUUAAUUCUUAUUUUAUAAGCGGUAAUCUCGAGGAGCAGUAGCUGUUAUGGUUGUCCUGAAAACGAAUUUCAUUUGGACUGUAUUGUUUGCGUUUUGUCACAGAUGUAUUAACUCGAAGCUCAUAGCCAUUUCUGUUCCUGUCCAAUGGAUUGUUGGAAUAUUGCCUUUUACAAUUUGCAUCUCCUCCAUCAGUAUUGAGCAUUGUAGCUCACUCUGUUAAGUAUUGAUUGCUAGUUUUUCAACCCCCAACGGAAAGCCGAUAUAUUUUUUUUUUUCACCAGUUUUGCGGGACAGAAAUAAGCCAUGGACUGUGCUUAAAAUAAAAAAUUCUGCCUUGUUCUGGAAAGAAAGCCUGGCAUUUGUUUCUCUGGUUUUGAUCAGCUUGCUGUUUUACUAAAGAAAAUGCCUGCAGUACAGAUUACUAGCCCAUCUGGAAUGACAUUCAAGUUUGCAUUUCAACUUUUAUAUGAGCUGUAUUGUUGCAUUUUGAGGGCGUAUUACAAAAUUGAGCUUUUGUAUUUUGUGUAACGGAUGCGGUGGCAUGUGAUUGUAAAAUAAAUAUGAAAUAUGAACCA